AUGCUUUUUGGUGUGAAAUUAGCAAAUGAUAUAUAUCCACCGUGGAAGGAUUCAUAUAUCUCAUACGAUGGUUUAAAGAAAUUAUUGAAAGAAGAUAAUGAUGAUACAACUAAUCAAGAAUGGACUGAGAGAGAUGAAUCGCGGUUUGUUGAAGCAUUGGAUAGUGAUUUGGAAAAAGUUUAUACCUUUCAAGUCGACAAAUACAACAAUCUUAUGGAUAAAUUGACUCAUUUAGAAAAAGAAACCUCAACUGAAGAUAAAGUAAGACAACUGGAUCCCGAUACUUUCCAAAGGAUUUUAGAAGAUGCAUUGAGCGAAGCUAAGGAAUUAGAUAAUUUCAGCAGAUUAAAUUAUACCGGUUUCAUGAAAAUAGUGAAGAAACAUGACAAAUUGCAUUCACAGUACCCUUCUGUAAAAUCUUUGCUACAAGUAAGAUUGAAAGAAUUACCAUUCCAUUCAGAAGAAUAUUCUCCAGUACUUUAUAGAAUUUCGUUCCUCUAUACUAUUCUAAGAUGCAAUUUUUCAACUAUAUCAAAAUCAUUAGCGAGUACCAGCAGGCUAUCUAAUGUAGGCUCCAUUUCAGACUCUAAAACCAAUUAUAAAAUUUUUAAAUUUUGGAUACAUAAGGAUAAUUUAAUGGAAGUGAAAACAAGGAUACUACGCCAUUUACCUGUUCUUGUGUAUGCAUCUGCUCCUACAGAAAAUGAUGAUAUUAUCGAUCGCUUCGAAAAUGAUGUGGUUGAUGCAGAUGGCGGCAUUCCUUCUGCCAAUUCAAGUUCUAAGAACAGCGAAAAAGAUGUCCCUUACAACUCUUAUGAUCCUGUCAUUACAACCGUUUAUUUUGAUAAUGAGUUCUUCGAGUUGUACAAUAAUAAGUUACUGAAACAACAUUCUGCCAGAACUUUAAGACUUAGAUGGACGGGUAAGCUUGCAGACAAACCUGAUAUAUUUUUAGAGAAGAGGAUCUUAUCUGAAAACGAAGGUGGAAUUGGCUAUAACUUUGAGGAAGUUAGACUAAAAAUGAAACAAAAAUAUAUCAAUAAUUUCAUUUUCGAUGGGGACAAAAAAUAUGAAGAAUUAGUUUUGAAUAGAAUGAGACAAGGUGGUACGACAGACCCUACGUUGAAAAAAGUCCAAGGUGAUUUUGAAGUCGUUCAACAGUUUAUCAUGCAAGAGCAACUACAGCCAGUUUUGAGAACCGUAUAUAGAAGGACCGCAUUUCAAAUUCCAGGUGAUGACCGCAUACGAAUUGUUAUUGAUUCAGAUAUUCUGUCAAUAAGGGAGGAUUCCUUCGACAAAACGAGACCUAUAAGAGAUCCUAAAAGUUGGCAUAGAAGAGAUAUUGACACAGAUGUUUCUAAUCCCCUAAGAUUUUUAAGAUCCGGGGAAUACGCCAAGUUUCCAUAUUCUGUUAUGGAAAUUAGAAUAAAGCAAACUGAUAAUAUACGUCCUAAUGAAGUUGAGAGGCCCAAUUCGUACAUGAAUACGACGUUUUCAUCAAAUCUACCAGGCAAACACGGACAAUGGAUUACAGAAUUGAUAAAUUCCCACCUGGUUAAGGAGGUACCAAAAUUCUCUCUUUAUAUUCAAGGUGUUGCUUCACUGUUUGGGGAGGAUGAGAAGCUUGAUAUUUUACCGUUUUGGCUACCAGACCUUGAAAAGGAUAUCAGAAGAGAUCCAAAACAAGCAUAUGAGGAAGAGAAGAAAAAAUUGAAGAAACAAAAGGAAAUAGAGGCAAAAAUUGCAGGGAUGCGAAGGCUAUCAAAAAUUGAACCAGUCGAAAACGAAAAUGAGGAAGAGAGUGAGACGAGGCGUCCUAACAGCAGCAUCCUGGAAGUUAGAGAGCUCGAUCUUGAGGAACGCAACAGAUCAAAAAAGGCUCCUAGAGGAAAGAGGAAGAAAACUUCGAAAGCACAAACAACUUUUUUGAAUGUUUUAUCAGGUAAGGCUCCUAAACUGAUUAAUUUUGAUUCAGAAGAUGAGGAGAUAGAACUGCCUGCUGGCGUCAAAAAGCCAACAAGCUAUCUAAAAAAUGCUGGCCCGAUCAAAGUUGAACCCAAAGUUUGGCUCGCAAAUGAGAGAACUUUUAACAAAUGGCUUAGAGUCACUGCCUUACUCAGUGCGUUAACAUUUUCCAUUUAUAAUUCCAUUAGGCAUGCCUCUUUCCCACGACUUGCCACUACAAUGGCCUACAUUUAUUUUUGCCUCACGAUAUUUUGUGGAUUAUGGUCAUAUACAACUUAUCUCAGAAGAUUAGACCUCAUUAAAGCAAGAAGUGGCACACAUCUGGAUGCACCCUUAGGUCCUAUAUUACUUGCUCUUGUCUUGGCGGCUACCCUGAUUAUAAAUUUCAUUAUUGCAUUCAAAGAAGCAGCAAUAAGACAGCAUGGAGGACCUCAAUUGUCUUCUAUCACCCGCUUUCAGGAAGGUGUUCCAGAGAAACUUGAUGCCAUAAGUGAUUUUAUCUUCAAGCUUGUAGGGGCUCAAUAA